GAAGACAGAUCAGCCACCCUGAUCGGCGUGGUUGUGAUGCUGCUGAUCAUUACGACGGUGGUUGUUGUACUGCGCUUGUGGACUCGAUAUGUCAUCCUCAACCAGCUCGGACCAGACGACUUUCUCGCUCUCAUUUCUCUGUUGGUGGUUAUUGGCUGUGGGAUAGCCAUGAUUCUAGAGACUCGCUAUGGCCUUGGAAAACAUGUCUCUCCAAGCAUCCUCGAAACAUUGCCCCUCUACUUGAAGAACUUUUACGUCGCGGUUGUCCUAUACGCGGCUGCUCUCAUGUUCAUCAAGCUGACCUUCCUCCUCCAUUAUUAUCGACUACUAGCCAUUCAAGGGAUGAAGAAGGUCUACCAAGCUGCCAUUGUGCUAGUCGGCGGCUGGGCUUUAUCCCAAGUUCUGGUUGGCAUCUUCAUAUGUUGGCCAAUUCAGGGGUUCUGGGACAAGAGUAUCGACGCCAAAUGCAUCCCGAAUCAACCGCAAUGGUACAUCAACGCCGCCGGCAAUAUCGUGACGGAUGUCAUGGUGUUCUUGCUGCCAAUACCUGCCAUCAGGAGCCUAAGAUUACCACGAACGCAAAAGUUUAUCCUCGGAGGUAUCUUCAGUCUAGGCUUUUUUACGGUUAUUCUUUCAGCCAUUCGCAUCGAGUAUCUUAAAGAUUUUGAGGACUUUACCUGGAAACACGUCGAGUCCAACCUUUGGUCAAUGGCAGAGCUCACAUCGGCCCUGGUCUGCGCCUGUCUCCCAACACUACGGCCCUUCGUCAUCCGUUACUUCCCAACUCUGGCCUCCAAGUUUACACGAUCUAGC